UACACGACUGAUGUCGGUGAAGAGCAAAACAUGGCCAAAAACAAACAGACAACUAAACCAGAAUCCUCUAACCAGGCACAGAAGAAAGAAAAUCACCAGCGUGGCAAGAAGAAGCAGAGGAAAGAUGUCAAACCGCGACAAGAGGAGCACCUGCAACAGAUUCCCUUUCGUCUGCGUGAAAUCAUGAAGAGCAAAGAGAGGAUGAAACUGGGAUCAAGUAAAAUCAAAAAGAUGAGAAAAGCUGCCAUGGGUAAUCUUCAGGGCGGACAGCAGAAGGAAGGAGACAUACCCGUGCCCCAUUUUCGCAGGGGGAAAACGGAAUCAGAAGGAGCAUACUUACGGCGUAUGUCACGCGAGACGGAACAUGUCCUCUUUCUUACGAACAACCAGGUGGAAAGACAGCCCGAACUGGAGACCGGGAAUCAGGAGAGCGUGAAGGAGAAACAGAAGUCAGAGAAAAAGAAAGAGCACGAUAAAGGAAGGUUACAGAAACUGCACAAGAGGAAGACUGAGAAACGUGAGGAGAAGGAGGAGAAAGAAUUUUUCACAGAUGAGGUGCAGUUUGGAGAGGUAGCCAUGGCACCUCCAUCUUUGAGUGCUAAACCAAAGAAAGCUCCAGUCAAGCCUCAGGGGGCGCCAAAGGGCUUGCUGCUCAAUUCUCUCCUGGGUCAGACUACGCUUUCCACAGCCAAACCAUCCAUAGCCAGACAGAGGAUAAUCGAAGAAGAACGUGAGCGUGUGGUCCAGGUAUACCGAAACCUGAAGAAACAGAAGCUUGAACAGCAGGAACAGAGAAACAAUGCAAAGAACAAGCUGAAAACUCAGUGAUGCUGGCAAAGCCCCAUGGAAUGUCUGGAGCGUUGUCUCUCUCACCCUCUACCACUGAAAAAGAUGUUCUGAGACUCUCAAGAGAGGAACUACUGUGCCGGGAGCCAAAACCGGAGCUGAUUGUGGUGAGACAGAACAUUUGUGGAAGGUUCUGUGGUUUCCACUAUGACGUCAUCCUCU